AUGUCAUACGAAUCGUCCGCCGCCGAGGUCGCAGAGGACUACCGUCAAGCUCUUGAAGACUUGACUACCAACGUGCGCUUCGAAAUUAGCAAUCUGACGAUGAUUGCGAGAGAGCAAACCGAACAUGCCCAGGUCAUCUCUGAAGUUUUGCAGGACCACAUUCUGAAGGUAGGCCAUACUCCUCAUUGCUUCUUGGUGCCCGCACGCGCGCCGUCUGCUUCCUUGUUCCCAGCCGCGGCGUCUGAAGCCGCGAGGUUGUAG